UGUGUGUGGCCCGGCAAAGUCCAGCCUCAGUAAGAACAGUGCUGCUCAUUUAGCAGGACGCACUCAGAGUGGACGAAUCAUGUGAACGGGUGCGGGAAGAGAGCGAACGAUCGAAGCCGAGAUGAAGGAAGGGAGGAUGAACUUCUGGAGAUCCCCAGCGUUUACCCUCUGUUGCAUCCUGUCCCUGUUUCAAUUAGGAGACGUCAAAGGUGUAAACAUCACCAGUUUUGGGAAUCUGAUCCGAGGCACUGUGGGUGGGGAAGCCCUGCUCUCUGUCCGGUACUUCAGCACCAGUCUGGAUCCACCAGUUAUCAAAUGGCAGCUCAAAAGAGAGAAGCCGGUCACGGUGGUCCAGUCGAUUGGCACGGAGAUCAUCGGAAACCUGCGGCUGGAAUACCGGGACCGCAUCCUGGUGUUUGAGAAUGGCUCUCUGCUCCUGCAUAACUUGAAGCUCUCUGACGAAGGUGUUUACGAGGUGGAGAUCUCCAUCACGGAUGACACCUUUCCAGGGGAAGAGAGCAUCGAGCUCACUGUGGAUGAACCGAUUUCUACACCCUAUGUGGAUGUAACCAGCACCACCAUCCUGGAGCUGACUGAGCAUUUCACUCUGAACUGCUUUCACGACACGGGAACUAAGACCACGUACACCUGGAUGAAAGGCGGAAAGCCGCUGGUCAACCACACUCGCCUGCUGCUGUCUCCUGACCAGAAGGUUCUGACCCUCACCCGAGUGCUCCUGGUGGAUGACGAUGUCUACAGCUGUCUCAUUGAGAACCCUAUUGGCACUGCGACGAGCUUGCCCCUGAAACUCACCGUCUAUAAAAGAAGCUCCCUUUACAUCAUCCUUUCCACAGGAGGCAUCUUUGUCCUGAUCACUCUGGUGUCAGUGUGCGCCUGCUGGAAGCCGUCGAAAAGAAGGAAACGACAGAAAGCAAAGACAAAUACACCGAGAUCCAGCCCUGAAAGCCUCCAUCUUACAAAGGAGGAAACACCACAAGAUCACGUCGUCCCGCUAAUGACGGAUCACGAGUGCAGGAACCCGGUGUCGCUUUUCAUCCUGAAGGAGAAGGACCCCCUGAGCGAGGAACCAGCCCCUGCAUGCAAAACAUGCACGAGCAAUGGGGGCAGCAACCCCACCGACGGGAGCUCGUCCCCUCCUCGUACACACACCCCCGAACCUCCGGCGCGUUCGUCCCGCCGUUUCCCACGUACACCCACCAACUCGCCGCCUGUACACCACGGCCGGAGACGGGGCCACAGCCGGAGCCCACCUGCUCGUGCACCCUCUCCACGCACCCGCACCUCCAGGAGCUCCUCUCCUCCGAACCGAAGGCCUGCGGAUUCGCCUCUCGCAGAUCCUGCUAAGAGCUUCACCUGUCCUGUAACGCUGCUCCGGAAGAUAGAAGAGGGACUUCCUGUCAAAUGACUUCAGGGCCUGUCAAUAGGACUGAGAUGAACGUGUAAAUAUGUCCAAAAAAAAUGUCACUUUUGAAAACAUUUCCACAAGCCUAUGUCUUUAUUUUCAGAAUUUUUCUUCAUCAAGGUGUGUGAGAAAAUUCUCUUGCUGCACAAUAGAAAGAAUAUCAAUUCUACUGACUUGAUUGUACUUUUUCUGUAGGGUAGUAAACCCGAGUUUACAUUUUUUGUACCUUUGGUUACAUUUUUGCCUCCUGGAAAUUCUAUAUUUUAAUUGAUCAGUGCUUAAUCAACAAUCUGGUGGCCCUCACCAACUUCUAUAAACAAACAGAUUUUAAUAUGUAAACCAAUAUUCAGAAACACACCUUCCUAUUUACCACAAUUAACACCCUGGUCUUACUUAAUGAAAUGCACAAAAUGAUUAUCAUGUAACAUGACUGUCUCCAUGUAAGCUAUAAUAGAUAUUGUGGCAGUUUGGUGUUCUGGAGAAUUCCAUGAAGAUAGAAAGUGAGAGAAACAAUUGUUGUUUUUCAUUAUUCUGGAUAUAAGGGGUUAUAAGGCCAUUUCCAAAUCCGUAAAAAUGUAACACUUUACAUUGGCAAGGGUUGUUUACAAAAGUCUUCAAGACAUCAAAUCUUCUCAGAAGGUAAACGAUCCCAUGACAGGUUGUUUGUCUAUAGACAUUGGUGAGCACCAUGAUUGGUAGGAGAUGAUAAAUUAAAUCACUGCAAUUCCUAUGCUUUUAUGUACCCUACAUUAUUAUUAUUUUUCACUUUAGUUCCCUGCUUUCUGGAAAGGAAAGGAAAGGAAAGGAAAGGAAAGGAAAGGAAAGGAAAGGAAAGGAAAGGAAAGGAAAGGA